UGAGUCUGUUUCAUAAUGAAAGAAUUUGCCUGAAAGGAUCUUGGAGUGUUUUGUGUAUGUCCUCUUGAAGAACUGACAUGGAGGGAAUACCCCAAUUUCUUCAGUCUAAAAUGUUUUGGAAUGUUUCAACUAACUCCUCAGAGAGCGAAAAUGAAGUUCAGUCAGCCUUUUCACAGACUGAGCACAAUAUAGUCGCAGCUUACUUAAUAACAGCAGGGGUAAUAAGCCUUCUCAGUAACAUAAUUGUGUUAGGCAUCUUUGUUAAGUACAAGGAACUUCGGACAGCAACAAAUGCAAUUAUUAUUAACCUGGCUUUUACCGACAUCGGUGUUAGUGGCAUUGGUUAUCCUAUGUCUGCUGCUUCAGACUUACAUGGAAGCUGGAAAUUUGGAUACACCGGAUGCCAGAUCUAUGCUGCCUUAAAUAUCUUUUUUGGAAUGGCAAGUAUCGGGUUGCUUACAGUUGUUGCAAUUGAUCGUUACCUGACAAUCUGCAGGCCUGAUAUAGGAAGAAGAAUGACUACCCGCAACUAUACUUCCCUGAUCCUAGCUGCCUGGAUAAAUGCUGUCUUUUGGGCCUUGAUGCCUAUUGUAGGGUGGGCUAGCUAUGCCCCAGAUCCAACAGGAGCCACCUGCACGAUAAACUGGCGGAAAAAUGAUGUGUCCUUUGUUUCUUAUACAAUGACUGUAAUUGCUGUUAAUUUUGUCGUGCCCUUAACAGUCAUGUUUUACUGUUACUACAAUGUUUCCCGCACAAUGAAGCAGUACACUACCAGUAACUGCCUGGAGAGCAUCAACAUAGACUGGUCUGAUCAAGUAGAUGUAACAAAGAUGUCUGUUGUGAUGAUUGUGAUGUUUUUGGUGGCUUGGUCUCCAUAUUCCAUUGUAUGCUUAUGGUCUUCCUUUGGAGACCCAAAGAAGAUUUCCCCUGCAAUGGCCAUCAUAGCACCUCUAUUUGCAAAAUCUUCCACAUUCUAUAACCCCUGUAUUUAUGUCAUUGCAAACAAAAAGUUCCGGAGAGCAAUCCUGGCAAUGGUUCGAUGUCAGACUCGGCAGGAGAUAACUAUUAAUAACGCCUUACCAAUGAGUGUCUCUCAAAGCACGCUAACAUAACGCGGCUGAUCGAAAGCACUGCCACUUUAUUUACCCUAUAGUAUAUGUUUUGUACACUACAUGGAAAAAAGUGGUCAAACCUGGGCCACAAUUAAAUUUGUAUCACACUGUAAUAAUAAUCCAGUCCAACAUGCCAGUUGUUUUUCUCGUUGUCUCAAUAAUAUUUAAUACAGUUUUUUUUUAAAAAUCCCAAGAUUUUAGUACUGAAAACUAGGCCAAUUGGCAUAAUAUGCUUAUCCCUCUCAAAAGGCGAUCGUGAAAGCUCAGUGUGUUUUGCAUCUCUUGGAUAGUGGGAUAAAAUGGUGUGGGAGGGAGAAUAAAGCAGGACAUGCUUAAUUGUGCUACAGUAACAGAAAUAAAUGUUGUGUAUGGAUAAUUCUUUUGGUAUGUGUAAUUUCCCCCUUUGAACUCUAAACCAGUUCCCAAAACUUCAGGCACAGUACUACUGUAUCCUGCAUUCCCUUCCAUGUCUCAAACGCAGAUUGAUCUGACCUGAAAAGGUUGCUUCUAUGAGUACUGUAGUAUGCAGGCGUAUUUAAACUCCAAUGUUGCCAACUCUCUUUAUCAGUUUUGCGAUACACCUCUACCCCGAUAUAACGCAACCUGAUAUAACACAAAUUCGGAUAUAACGCAGUAAAGCAGUGCUCCAGGGGGGCGGGGCUGUGCACU